CUGGGCGGAGGCAGGACGCUCCCACGCAGGGGCAGCGGGUGGAGGCGGGGCAUGCUCUGGUCCUCUCCGUCCCAUCUGUGUUUCGCGGCCAGUCACUCGUUGCAACCCCGCCGAGGCCAGCUUGCAAGAUGCUUUCCAGAGCAGCCAGGAGCUUGGCACUAAGGACAAGAGGACUCGGAACUCGAGAGACACACGGCUCAGGAGACACUGCCCGAAGCCAGGGGAAGAUGACCCCCUACAGCAACUGCUACGCCCAGCGCUCCUACCCCAUGCCAGAUGAGCCCUUCUGCACAGAGCUCAGUGCGGAGCAGCAGGCCCUGAAGGAGAAGGAGAAGGGGAGCUGGGCCCAGCUGAGUCAAGCAGAGAAGGUGGCCUUGUACCGGCUCCAGUUCCACCAAACCUUUGCAGAGAUGAAUCGACGCUCCAAUGAGUGGAAGACGGUGAUGGGCUGUGUCUUCUUCUUCGUUGGAAUCACAGCUCUGGUGAUUUGGUGGGAGCGGGUCUAUGUGUUCCCUAAGAAGCCCAUCACCCUGACAGACGAGCGCAAAGCCCAACAGCUCCAGCGCCUCUUAGAUAUGAAGAGCAACCCUGUGCAGGGCCUGGCCGCCCACUGGGACUACGAGAGGAAGGAAUGGAAGAAGUGACUGGCAUCGUGUGGUCACAGCCCUCUCUGCAAGAUCACCUUGGCCUGGAGCCUCUGGUGCCCCUCUUUCCCUUCCCUGUUCUCCGCUCUAACCCCCCACUCCUGUGUACUACUCCUCUCCCUCUGCUUCAAUAAAACUGGCCUGUUGUCUUCUGUCUGCACCC